AUGCUGCCAGACUGUCAUCUGCCUGAAACAUGGAGAGCGAAAAUGGUUGAGCGAAUUCCUUCCAGUACCAAGGAUCAAAGGCAGGAAUGGAUUUGUAAGGCAGAUUAUAACCUUUUCAAGCUUCGCAGUAAUGAGGUGCGCUUUGACCUCGGAACUGACGGCGGUUCCGGCGGCAUGAGCGAUAACCAAUGGUCAGCCUUAAUGCGAGGUGAUUCGGCAGCUACUAGAUCCCCAUCUAGCUAUCGUCUCCAAGAGAAGGUCAAAGAAUUAUUUGGUUUUACCUACACGAUUCCGGUUCACCGAGGCAGGGCCGCCAAACACGCAUUGGUCCAAGCACUACUAAACGAAGAGAGUAUUGUGCCUGGGAAUGCUUUUUUCGAUACCACAAGAGCUAAUAUCGAAAGCCAAAAAGCAAUUGCCAUUGAUUGUGCUAUAGAGGGUGCGUUUGAUAUAUAUUAUCAACAUCCUUUUAAAGGGAAUGUUAACUUGCCUGAACUUGAAAAAAUUCUCCAAGGCAGUGGAAGUAAUGUACCGAUGAUUAUGGUCUCUAUCACUUGCGACAAAACCGGAGGUCAACCAGUGUCCAUGCACAAUUUACGCGAAGUAAAAAGACUUGCUAAAAUGUUUAAUGUGCCUGUUAUCUUAGAUUCUGCCCGUUUUGCCGAAAAUGCUUGGUUUAUUCAAAAAAACGAGUCAGAAUAUAGCAGCCAGUCUAUACCAGAUAUUGUUCAAGAGAUGUACCAUCAUGCCGAUGGCAUGGUAAUGAGCGGCAAGACGGAUGGCCUGGUUAAUGCUGGAGGCUUUUUCGCAACUAAUAACAAAGACUUGUUUGAUAGAGUUGGGAAGUAUGCAAACCUUUUUUGUGGACUUGCGGGAAGAGACAUGGAGGCAUUAACAGUUGGGUUGGGUGAAGUCACACAGCAGGAAUACUUGGAUGACCGCAUCCGUCAGAUACAUAGGUUCGGGAUGAGGCUGAUGGCUGCCAAUGUUCCUAUUCAGCAACCUAUUGGUGGCCACGCCAUUGUUAUUGACGCAUCGUUAUUCUUACCACUCGUACCGAGAGAGGAAUAUGUGGCAAAAACACUGGCUGUGGAGCUUUAUGUAGAAGCUGGAAUUCGAGGAGCAGGAAUGGAAACAGUAAUUGGUGGAGGAAAUCCCAUCACUGGAAUCAAUCGCAAUCGGUCUAACGCAAAAGAUUUCUUAUAUCUAGCCAUUCCAAGGCAGGCAUAUACAAAUGACCAACUGUCUUUUGUGGCUAAUGCACUUAUCCAGAUAUUCGAACGGCGGUUUACCAUCACUAGGGGUCUAUAUGUUGUACAUGAGGAUGCGAUAUUGCGAUAUCUUACAAUUCAACUGAAAAAGGCCGAUGGAAAAUCCAUAGCGUAA